GACAAGGCGUUGCAUAAACAUAACGGUCACCAACAUAGUAAAGAUGGCUAAAUAGCGAUACAUACACGGUUAGCAAACAUGCUAAGGAGGCAAAGUGAGGAACAUUUACACGCUUAUCGAGUACAAAAUGUUCUUCCAGUGCUUUAAAAAGAACCUUUUCAUGAAGACAUUUCCUGUCUUCUCUAUUUGACAUCCUGUCAGUGUCUUAGAUGCCAUCAUGGAAGGAGGUCAUUAUGUCUUCAUUCAUGGCCAAAACAUUACCCACAAUCCUCUAUCAGCACCAGCGAUGUCCAUCGACAGGCUGUUCCCGGCACUGCUCGAGUGUUUCGGCAUUAUUCUGUGUGGCUACGUGGCAGGCCGCAGUGAGAUCAUCGGCACGGGACAGUCCAGGAGCCUGGGCAGCUUUGUGUCCUGCUUUGCUCUUCCGGCGCUGCUCUUUAAAAACAUGGUGCAGCUGCAGUUCAGUAACGUAGUGUGGUCAUUCCUGUGGAGCGUGCUGAUCGCCAAGGUGUGUGUUUUUGUGCUGGUGUGUGUCCUCACGCUGCUGGUGGCGAGUCCGGAGAGUAGAUUCGGCAAAGCGGGGCUGUUUGCCAUCUUCACCACUCAGAGUAAUGACUUUGCACUGGGAUAUCCGAUAGUGGACGCUCUGUACGGCAGUUCUCACCCUGAAUAUGCACAGUAUCUGUAUUUGGUUGCUCCGGUGUCUCUGAUGCUGCUGAAUCCACUGGGCUUUGCUCUGUGUGAGCUCCAGCGUUGGAGGCAAUGUCCAGACCACAACUACAGCAAGCUGCACAUUGUCUCUACUGUCUUUCUGCGUGUGCUUAAGAAUCCGAUCGUUUUUAUGGUCUUGGUCGGGAUCGCCUCUCACUUUCUGUUUGGUGGGCGUGUCCCCUUAUUGCUUGGGGAGUUGGUGGAUGGAUUGGCUGACUCGUUCGGAGGAGCGGCGCUCUUUUACUUGGGCCUGACUAUGGUCGGGCAGAUGGGUAGAGUUACCCGCUCAACAGGGGUCACCCUGAUUGUACUCCUUACAGCAAAACUUCUGUUGAUGCCAUUGUUAUGUAAAGACAUGUUGGAGCUGCUGGACUCAGGCAACUCCAGUUCUGUGAACCACACCAGUCUGUCGGACUACGCCUUUCUGUACGGCAUCUUCCCCACUGCCCCCAGCGUGGCCAUUUACGCCAGUCAGUAUAACAUGCAGCUGGAGGUGGUAACCUCCGGUAUGGUGAUCAGCACGUUGCUAUCUGCACCCAUCAUGUACCUGUCAGUAUGGUUACUAUCCAUUCCCUGGAUGGAGGCAACACACCUGAUCUCUGAGCUGCAGGAAGUCAACUUUAACAUAAGCAUCAUCAGCAUCAUCGCACUGGUGUGGACCGUUGCCAUCAUGGUCCUCAGCAAGAAGUUUAAGAGGUUGCCUCAUUUGUUCACAACAAACCUGUUCCUCGCUCAGCUCUUGGUGUGUGUGUCGAUGACCUUGUGGAGGUUUGUGGUUCAGCAGGAGAGUGUCCUGGGACAGAUCCUUACGUUCACACUGCUCUAUGGAGCUCUGUAUAGCACCUACAUUUGGACAGGUUUGCUAGCGUUCUCUCUUGCUCUGCUGAAGAGGAACGAACAGCUCAAAUUGCCACCUGUUGUUUUCAUCAUCCUUGGCUGGGGGCUCCCGUUUCUGAUAGUGGGCUUGUUGCUUGCAGCUGGUGAGAGAGAAGGCAACACGACUGAUGCCUCUUUCUUCUACGGCAAGUGGCAGAUAAUCAGCAGUGCGGUGGUUUUGAGCUGUAGCAUCCUUCUCGGUGGUCUGUCUCUGAUGGGCCUCAGUCAGGGUUCUCAGGAGGAGCAGAAUUACCAGAUCUUGGAGCAGAGCUCGAUGUCAGGCACCAUAGAUGACAUCAGAAGCCAGACUCGUCCCGAGGAUCACGGCUCAGCCGAGUUCACACCAUCACACAGCAGUACAAACAGAGGGCAGAAUGACUGCAUACCUGAUACAAGAGCAGACUUAAUGAACGACACACCAGCACCACCAACAGGUGUAGCACUGACUGAGGCAUCCACGUGUGCACGUGUCCAAGAGGAGAGACAAGUGGCACGUCAUGUGCUGCUCUGUCUGCUGCUCAUUGUCAGCCUGCUCGCAAACGUGUCCAGCUGCCUCUGGUGGUUUUUAAACAGCGAUCCUGGGCGACUUUACCUCGAGCUGCAGUUCUUCUGUGCUGUGGCCAAUUAUGGACAGGGUUUAAUAUCCUUCGGGAUAUUCGGGCUGGACGAACAUCUCAUCAUUUUGCCGUUUAAAAAGUGGCUGGCAGCACUGUUGGGUGGAGCGCAGCAGACUAACCAAGCUCCAUCAACCGUUCCUGAAGAGAUACGGCUGACUUGCACGCAGUUCGUCCGCUACCAUAAGAAUCAGUGCGUGCAAGACAUCGUUCACAAGAGAAGGUGCGAACGUGCAGGUUGCUUCCUGGGCCGUGAGCUCGUCCGGUGGCUGCUGCGUGUAGGCUUGGUCAGAGACCGGAGACCGUCUGUCUGUAUGGGGUUCAGCUGCAGGAGGAAGCAGACAUUGAAUAAGUCAUGUGUGAUUCUUCAGAUUCUGUAACAGUGGCCAAUCGUAUUGUUUCUCAGAUGACUGACACGCCUCCAUGUGCGGCGUGACCUUUUUCGAUCGAAUUGUUUCUUCUCCUGUUGCUUUUUGAAUUAUAUUGUUUUGCAUGGUGUGCCAAAUUUAAAAGAGAAUCCAUGCUACUUUUAUUAUAAUGAUUUUGAAAGGUGUGUUUGGCGUCUGCAUGGUUGCAAAGUAUGCUGUAAAAAAAACCCCACACAAACUUAAAGGUGCGGUGCACAAAGUUUGAAAGCCAAUAUUGACAUUUGAAAUCACCAAAACAAACACGCUCCAACCCAAAUUGGUGUCACUCCUGUUUUGCUAGCUCCGCCCCACACAUACAUGCGUAACCCAGGCAACUAUUAUGACAGAACCCCCUGGGGCAGCUGGCCAAGGGGAUAUUUUUAUCAGUAAAUGAACACAAUGAGUAAUACUAUGGUAAUACAAAUGUGAUUUUGUAGUACUGUGUGUUGUACCGUGAAAAUUUAGCUCCGUUUCAUACCGAAGACAACGUUCGAUACCUAGAACCCGAGGCAGAGGUAACGGCAGGUAUCCGCCAUGUCAAUGUUUCAAUCGCUUUCUGCUAAUGUCAGACAUGCGCACUGAACACUCUCUCUGCUGCAGAUUCACAAGACACGCCCCUUUCUGCUCAUUGGCUAAACGUCUGUUUUGUUUGUCGGCCCGACUCAGGUUUCUGUAGCGUUUUUCAAACAUCGUGCACCCCACCUUUAAUAUAUCAUGCAUCUCAGCACAAAGUUCAUGCAAAAUAUGAUUCUCGACCUUUCGACAUACUUCAAAAAACUUGAGAAUACGUGACAUCGCAAAAUGUCCGAUAAGGUGCUCUGUUAAUGAUUAAGUGUUGCAGGUCUAAGAUUUUAUUGUGAUUUCCUGUGAGCGUACGCUCAAGAAACUGUCUAAGUGCAGUGCGAUCGCUCAUAGAUUUAAACGACAAAGUAUGCAAUUCGAAUUUUGGUUUGGUGACCAUGAGGUACGUAUUUUCACAAAUCCAAAUGUAGAUAUAUUCUUCUCAUCAGGGUUGUUUUCUGUAUGAUGUGUACUGAAAAUCUGAUCUAUCCUGUUAAUGUGACUGAACUGUUCAUACAGUGGCUGCUGCCAGACUGCUCAGAUUGUACUUACCUGAUUUUGCACAUGUUCAUUGCUGUAGAAACUGUUGUUUAUGAAAUGUUUAAACAGCUUAAUUAAUAUAAUUAAUAUUAAUUAAUCUAAAUAUAAAUAAUAAUUAUUAAUAUAAAUAUGCACCCAGUUUGUAUGGGAUUAUGUGAACUGGAGAUAAAAAAAAGAAAGCCUC